GUUACGCCCGUUACGGAACGCAGGGUAACUACAUCUCGUCUGAUCUCGUCGGUUCGACAGAAAUCAUAACUUGAUUGAUUCCGGUCAACUUUAACGUUUAAUAUCUCGCGUCGCGGGGCACAGGCGACACGUUUUUCUGCCAGAUUCUUUCGUUUCGUGUAAAAACGCGUCGAUUGAGCAUAAAUUUCAUCGAUAUUUGAGCCUAACGUGUGUUGACUGUCGUUUGCGGGAUGGACAGUCAGGUGUGCGGAGACGGCAGGCUGAUAGACGUGAUCGACGAGGGCUGGCGUAAGGAACGUCUACCCAUCGACGACAUCUCGACACCGGUGGCCGAGCUCCCGGAUCCCGAGAGCGACAACGGCGACUCGCACAUGACAUUGAAAGAGUUGGAGCAGAAGUGGAAUAAUCUGGCUUUAAGCUCUCUCAGCGACAAUCAUCUGCAUUCUCCGACGCCACUGCACAACUAAAUAUCGCUUCCACUCUUCCUGAACGCCGAAAAAUUAAAUACAGUAUCCGAAGUAUUAAAUCCAGUUAUAAUAUUGAUAUCCUUUUGUCGCUAUAAUGGAA